AUGUCAUCUCGUGUGGGCUUCCGUUUCAUCAACAACACCCGCUUUGCGUUCCGCAAUGCCUCUGCGCCAUUCCGCCGGCCGGGUGCUCAGGGCUUCCGCUGGCAGAGCUCCGAAGCCGGUGCAGCAGAGCAGCAGAGCGUCUUCCAGCGCAUGUGGAACAGCCCCGUCGGCGUGAAGACUGUGCACUUCUGGGCCCCUGUUAUGAAGUGGUGCCUGGUCAUCGCCGGUAUCUCCGAUUUCGCUCGUCCCGCCGAGAAGCUCUCCCUCACUCAGAAUGCCGCUCUUAUGGGCACUGGUGCCAUCUGGACCCGCUGGUGCAUGAUUAUUAAGCCCCGUAACGUCCUGCUUGCUACUGUGAACUUCUUCCUUGGCUGUGUUGGUGCCGUUCAGGUGACUCGUAUCUUCUUGUGGCAGCGCAGCCAGUCUGAUAGCACCGUCGAAGCCGCCAAGGUGAUUGAGCAUGAGGCUGUUGACUCUGUCAAGACCGCGGUCGAGAAUACCGAGGGUGCUGUGAAGAAGGUCGUUGAGAAGUCAACUUAG